AUGGGACAAGCACCCGCGGUGGUGGUCCCGACCCGGGUUGGCCAGGUUUACGUUUACGACACUCUGAAGUCGGAGCAGGACGAGUACGACGUUGUCCCUCCGAGACACCAGGACAUAUACGAUGUCCCGCCCACCCGCCAGCAGUACAACACACAGGUUUACGACACUCCACCCAUGGUGGCCAAGGGCCCCCCUAGUGGCCACGACAUUUAUGACCCUCCCAGCACAGACAAGAGCACACUCCUUUCACAGCAAUCGGUGUAUGACUUCCCGCCCUCCGUGAGCAAAGACGUUCCCGACGGGGGCCCGGCGCUCCGGGACGAGACCUACGACGUUCCGCCGCACUUCGCCAAGCUCAGGGCCCACCAGGGCUCGGCCCCCGGUUACCACGGCGACCACCUCAACGAGGACGACGACGAGACCCCCAUCCCCGAGGACGUGUACGACGUCCCGCCCCCCGCCCUGGUGGAGAAGCGUUUCCACGGCGACCGGAGCGGCGGCGGCGGCGGCGGCGGCGGCGGCGGCGGCGGUCAGGACAUCUACGAUAUCCCCGCCAGCUUGCGGUCGGCAGGAGGUCACGUGACCCAGGACAUCUACGACUUCCCCCGCGAGAGGCUGGAGAAGGAGGAGGAGCGGGGCGGGGACUACAUCUACGACAUUCCUCCGCAGGUGGUCCGGGACCCCCACCUCCCCAGCGACGACCUCACCGUGUCCUUCAAGAGGCUGUCGGCGUCCAGCACGGGCAGCACCCGAAGCACCCACUCCAGCUCCUCCCUGGACCUGGUGCCGGUGCGGGACUCCGCCUGCCCCGCCUCCCCUCGCCGCCCUGGAGGGCUCCCCGGGAAACCCCUGGUGCUGGACCUGGAGCAGGCCAUGGAGCGGCUCCGGCUGCAGCAGGCCGUAGAGUCCAGCGUCUCCCUGCUCAUGUCCUUCAUCGUGGGCGGCUGGCGUCGCCCCGGCAACCUGGAGGGCAACCUCCCCGCCGUGCGGCAGGCCUCGGACCGCGUGCGCAACGCCGUGCGAGACUUCCUGGAGUUCGCGCGGGGCGCCGUGGCCAACGCCGGCCAGGCCACCGACCGGUCGCUGCAGGCCAAGCUCGGCCGGCAGGUGGGCAAGAUGGAGGAGGUGUUCCAGAGCCUGGUCCGCAGCGGGCAGGGCCUGGAUGCGCUGGGCUGGGCGCCCGCCACGCUGGUGGUGGGGGCCCACGCCGACCCCCGGGGCGGCGGUCCCGACGACCUGGACCGGCUCAUCCUGACGGCCCGCGGCGUUCCGGACGACACCAAGCAGCUGGCGUCGUUCCUGCACGGCAACGCCUCGCUGCUCUUCAAGCGCUCGGGGCGGCUGCAGCAGCAGCAGCAGCAGCAGCAGCAGCAGCUGCCGCUCCCGCCCAUACCCGGGGAGGUCGGAGGUCACCCGGGCUCGGGCGGCCCGGCCUAUCAGGGAGGGGAGAGGGUGAACAUUCAGGCCAGGCCCCUCCCCUCGCCGCCCAAGUUCACCCCGGCGGAGGAGGAGGGGGGCGGGCCCUACGAGACCACCGAGGAGGGCUGGAUGGAGGACUACGACUACGUGCACCUGCAGGGAAAGGAAGAGUUUGAGAAGAACCAAAAACAGCUUCGAAAAGGCAACAUCAUUCGCCAGAGCAAGGCGCAGCUGGAGCAGCAGCAGAUCAAGCAGUUUGAGCGGCUGGAGCAUGAGGUCAGCCAGCCCAUCAACAACGACAUGUCGGGCUGGGUCCCGCCGCCCGGCGCGCCCGCCGCCUCGGCGCCGCCCUGCUCCUCCCGCAGCGGCUCCGCCUCCUCCAAGCUGUGCACGGGCGACCGGCAGCUGCUCCUCUUCUACCAGGAGCAGUGCGAGCACAACGUCACCACGGUGACCAACGCGGUGGACGCCUUCUUCGCCGCCGUGGGCGCCAACCAGCCGCCCAAGAUCUUCGUGGCGCACAGCAAGUUCGUCAUCCUCAGCGCGCACAAGCUGGUGUUCAUCGGCGACACGCUGUCGCGGCAGGCGCGCUCGCCGGACGUGCGCGCUCCGCUGGCGGCCACCAGCAACGCGCUGUGCGACAAGCUGAAGGAGAUCGUGCUGAGCACCAAGACGGCGGCGCUGCAGUACCCGGCGGCGGGCUCGGGCCGCGACAUGGUGGAGCGCGUGCGCGAGCUCACGGGCUGCACGCAGCAGUUCAGGAUGGUCCUGGGACAGCUGGGCGCCAUGUGAACCCAGCCGGGGGGGGUUUGGGGGGUGGUGGGGGCUGGGGGGAGGAAGGAUGUAGAGGAAGAGGACGAGGACGAGGAGGGAAGAGACAUCAUAGGAUGCUUGGACUUGUGUGUGUGUGUGUGUGCGUGGAUGUGUGGUUGUGUGUGUGUGUGUGUGUGUGUGUGUGUGUGUGUGUGUGUGUGUGCGGGCUUGUGUGUGUGUGUGCUUUCGUCAGACCGUCAUUUGGGGAAGUCUGUAUUUUGGGGUCUCUCCUUCCUCUCCAACUUUGCACACCUGAUUUUUCUAAUAAUAUCACUGAAGGUCUGAACCCUGAUUGGUCGAGCCGGGUGUGCGUGUGCAUGGGUCGGAUGGAUAACGGUGCAUGACACAUAGGGCACUGUAGUGUGUGUGCUUGUGUGUGUGUCGUGUGUGUGUGUGUGUAUGUGUGUGUGCGUGCAUGUGUGUGCCCUGUUGUGAGACCGACCAAAGGCAACAGGAUAUAUUAUACACAGAACACAGGACCCAUGACCCUGUGGACCAAUCAGUGUGCAGUGGGCGGGUUGAACUCGGUCAGCCAGGACUGGACUUGAUAGCCUCCUGCAGGACCUUUGAUGAGCGUAAAGAACUCAGACCAAUCGCCAUCUCUCUCUCUGGAACAAGCCCCUCCCACCUUGGGGCCCUCCUUCCCUUCGUCCCUCAACCUGCUUUUUAUUCUACAGAAGAAGAAACCAUAAAGACUUUAUCUUCGACGGGCUGGGCCAAUGGUUGUAAAAUAAUCAUUGUAAAUAUUUAAGUUACCUAUUUAGCCAGAAUAAAACAAAAUAAAUCCGAAGGGAAGUUAACAACUUCCAUUAUAUAAAUAUAAAUAUAUAUAUAUUUGUUUUUUGUUUUUUUGGGGGGGGGAUUUUUUUUGAAGAAAGAAAAGAGGAGAACUUUGAAAUGUAGGUUUUAGACAAUAUCCAAUAUUAUUAUUAUAAUUAUUGCGAAUACUUAAGUCUAUGGCUGUUGAGCGUUGUCCUCUGGGGGGCGCCAGAUGUGCUCCUAGAUGUGUGAACUCCACAGCGGGCCUUGCGCGGCAUCGGAUUAUGCUCCUCCCCCCAGCUGAUCACUAUGGAAACCAACCAGGUCACACUUUUAUCCGACUAAAAUUCAUGACAGAAUCUAAAGAUGAUGCAGAUGCUGGCCUUCUGGAGUGGUCCCUCGACGCUGAGAGCCACACGACGGCUGGUGAAGAGCAGACUGGGCCCUUGAGAGGGUUGCAGUCGGUGGGUAUUUCACUCCCAUCCUGAUCGCCGGAGAACGCAUGCCAUGUGCAAAACAACUGUAUCCGAUUUCCUCACAGCACGAUACAGCUGACCUGUCUAUACGUCUGGGUUCAGCUGGCCUGACUGCUCGCCACGGUUGAUUCACAAUGUCUAUUCAGCCAAGAGUCAUUACUAAGUGUUUCACUAUCUCCCAUGCAGGGUGUGUUGGUCACGCAGUGCUAUAAUGGGUUAUCACAAAGCAAGGAAAGAGAAUGGACUCUUGGUUCACUUCUGUCUAAUAUUGGCAUUCAUGGCACGGCGGGGAGUAGGUAAAUGGCCGGUUUUUAUUUUAUUUGAACUGUUUCUUUGACCCUCCAUCCUGUUUACCGGAGUUAUCUUUCUCAAUCUUUCCCUCCGCUAACCCAUGAAUAAAAAUAAAAGCCUGUGCAAUGUGUGGCUGUUAUAGGGGGGUCACAGGUGAAUCUCAAGGGGAAGAGGCUUUUUAAAUAAAUGUGUUCAUGGUAGAUUUGUACAAUGAAUGAAUGGAUGUGAGGGAGGGAGGGAGGGAGGGAGUUUAAAACGUUGUGAAUGAUGAAAUUGAAACAUGAAAUUAAACUUGUUAUUUCGUCUUUUCUUCGAA